UUUUAAACUGGGUACAUUAUACAUUUAUUCCAGAUCAAUUAGCUGAAACUUUGACCUUUACAAACAUUAGCAAGUUCCUUGAUAAUUCCAGUCUUUCCAGGACGAUGGACAUCCUGCUAUAAAUAGUACUGAGCUUUCGGGAUAUCAUCUAGUACGUCGUCUAACAUACACAUUUCCGAGAUUAAUUUUAACAGGAACGUAAAGCGCUAUAAUCCAUGAUUUCACAAGAUGCGGAAGAGGGAAGAAGCAACGUUUUCGUUAUUAGAUUCCUUGUUGGGUUUGCUGAUGACUGUGAGGUAAGAAGAGGAUUCACACACUUGAUCACGUAGAUGGCUGUAAUUAUAUUAAAAGAAAAUGACAAAUUCAGUCUAUUACGAAUGCAUUGAACCACAAAUAAUGCCAGAAAAACAGCCCUAAAUUCGUUCCAACUGCGAGGAAAACACCAUGGAAGAAAAUACAUCAGAUUUUCAAAAUAUUUCGACAAUAAACGCGACCACGUUGCAAAGUUUUUUAAACAAUUUGAGCGUCUACAGAAAAAGCGACAACGACUUUUGCGAAGACUGCGAUUGGUUGGUGACAAAACUGGCCAAUCACUAUUCGAGAAAUUAUCACGGAUAUUUGUCGAUGGUUGUGUGUUGUUUCGGUAUAAUAUCGAAUUCGUUAACGGUGGCGGUUUUGACGAGGAAGGACAUGGCGUGUGCACCCAUCAAUAGGAUCCUGACAGGGAUAGCAAUCGCCGACAUGAUUAUAAUGAUCGAAUACAUCACGUUCGCGUAUUACUACUACAUCGAUCUACCGAAAAAAAUGAACUUUCCGUAUUGGGGAGCGGUGUUCAUACUGUUUCACACUAAUUUUACUCAAGUUUUACACACCAUCUCAAUCUGCCUGACCCUAGCACUUGCUGUUUGGAGAUACAUCGCCAUUGGGUAUCCCGAUAAAAAUAACAUCUACUGCACCGAAAGCCGUUGUACAUGGGCGAUUCUCAUUAGUUUCGUCCUUCCGAUUUUACUUUGCACCCCUACGUAUUUUGUUGUUGCAAUAAAAUCGACGACGAUCGUCGAAGAAGGACAUAAGCAAAUCCUGCACCACACCGCCCUGAGCGACGUAGCAGCACACAACGAAACAUUCCUAGUAUUCAAUUUCUGGAUGUACGCAGUCAUCAUAAAAUUGUUACCGUGUUGCUUGCUGACAAUAAUUAGCGUAUGGCUUAUAAGAACGUUGUUUCUCGUUAAGAAAAGAAAGCAAAUUCUUAAAAUGGGUUACGCCACUUGCUCGUCUACCGAUGAUAGCAAUCAAAUAAUGAAGAAGAAAAUAACGAAACCGGAGAGAAGGGCGAACAGGACGACGAAAAUGUUGGUAGCCGUUCUUAUUCUCUUCUUAACAACCGAAUUUCCACAGGGUAUCUUUGGAUUACUUAUAGGUAUUAAAGGAAAAUGCUUUUUUUUAAAGUGUUAUCAAAAUUUCGGAGAGAUCAUGGACUUGCUCGCUCUGUUAAACGGAGCGAUUAACUUUAUUUUGUACUGUUGCAUGAACAGGAUGUUUCGGACGAUAUUCGGACAACUUUUCAGACAAAAAAUUUUGUACAAAUGGUCGUCGCAAUCCGAUUUACAUACGACGUAUGUAUGAGGAAUACCUCUGAACCGCCUAAGUGUUGUACGGCGUGGAGGAAAAUCGGAAUAACUUAUGAGAAAAUGUUUUAUGACCCUGAUUUAAAAACACGAUAAUUAUUUAUUUAUCAGACAAAGACACGAAAAUUAGGUGCGACCAUUGAUUUUAUUUAUUUUUUUUUGAAAGGCAAUUAAAACUUCAAAGAAUUUUUUUACUCAUUUUGAUGAGUCAGAGAUUUUUUAUCUUUCCCCAUUUAUCCGGAUUCAGUGGACGGGAAAUUUACGAAAUAACUAUCUGUAAUCAUCAAAGUUCAAGGAAAUUUACAAAAGCAAAAUGUUCACUUAAACUCAUUCACGCGUUUUCCUUUUAAGAGGAAACAAAUAAGUUACGUUACGUAUAAAACUUUGGAUGAGGGGUGUUUAAAAAUAUUUUGAAUAUCCUUUGAAAUACUAAAAUUACGAUUACGGUUAUUACUACUACAGUUAUGGAAUAAUUACUUUUUCAACGAUUUAUCGGAUAGCGAUUGGAUAGUCGGAUUAUAGUUAAUUAUUUAUAGUAUUGGGAUCCGCCAAAUGGGCAUACACCAUCUGGUGGCAAAAGUUAUAACUCG